AUGUCGGACACUAUAAUCAAAAGUGCUCAACCGGCAAAGCGAGAGUUGGAGAAUCUUCUCGAUGAAGCAAAAGCUAUGGUCCUAACGCCUCCUGAUCAACAUUUGUCGGUGGAGGAAAAGGAGCAGCAAUUCAAACUCAAGGCGUCUAUAACUCUAUGUUGGUACACUCGGAUCAACCAACGAAAAAUGGUUGGAGUAUAUCUAGAAACAAAAGAAUGCGCAGAAAAGAAAGGAAGAAGACAACUGCACGGAUAUGGUCGACGAUGAUAAAAGCUUUCUAGAUUAAGUAAAUGACGAGCAAAAAGCUAUUAUAACUCCAGAUAUGUACAAGUAUGAGUUUAAGCAAGCGGUACAGCGCCUACACAAAGCAAGACAAAUAACGAACAAAAAAAAGGGGCCCUCAGUAGACAGUAAAUUUGCCACAAUUACCACUACCAACAUUCAAUGGUGACCCG